ACACGCGUUACACACGCGUUACACACGCGGUACACAUGGCCUACAUUUGUCGAGACAAAGACCUGGGGGAUUUCCCAAAUGCCCCGUCUCCUCGCGUCAUGCACGCCCUGCCUCUUAUGUAAGUGGUACUCUGGUUCCUUCCCCAUCAGGCUCCCUACCGCCAGUCACCUGCAAACCGAGCAGACCUUCACACCAGAAAACCGCAACGAUGCCAGGUAUCAUUACCAUCGACAGUCCCAAUGUGAAGUACAGCGAUACGCACAUAGAGUCUCAGUACUCUUACCAGACCACCGCGGUACGCCGGGAGGGGAGCACCAUCACGGUCUCCCCCGCCACCCAUGAGAUGACCUUCCGGACGGAGAGGACCGUGCCCCGGGUGGGGGUGAUGCUGGUCGGGUGGGGCGGCAACAACGGCAGCACCGUCACCGCCGCCGUCCUGGCCAACCGGAUGGGGCUCACCUGGACCACCAAGACCGGGGAGAAGAGGGCCAACUACUUCGGCUCACUCUUCCAGUCGUCCACCGUGAGCUUAGGAAUGGCGCCCGAAGGGGAGGUCCACGUGCCGUUCCGUGACCUUUUACCCAUGGUGCACCCUGAUGAUAUCAUCUUUGAUGGCUGGGACAUUUCAUCAAUGGAUUUAGGGCGGGCAAUGGAACGAGCCCAAGUCCUUGAUUGGUCACUGCAGGAGGAGCUCCGCCCCCACAUGAGCAGCCUGAAACCCCGCCCCUCCAUCUUCAUCCCAGAAUUCAUUGCUGCAAACCAGGGGAGCAGAGCUGACAACGUCCUGUCAGGCACCAUCGCAGAACAGGUGGAGCAGAUCCGGGCCGACAUCAGGGACUUCUGGCAGUCCAGCGGCGUGGACAAGGUGAUUGUGCUGUGGACGGCCAACACGGAGCGCUUCUGUGACCUCACCCCCGGCGUGAACGACACGGCAGAGAACCUGCUGGCCACCAUUCAGCGAGGCGGGGAGGUGUCCCCCUCCACGCUGUUCGCAGUGGCCAGCAUCCUGGAGGGCUGCGCCUACAUCAACGGCGCCCCCCAGAACACCUUCGUCCCCGGGGCAGUGGAGCUGGCGGUGCAGAAAGGGGUCUUCAUCGGCGGGGACGACUUCAAGUCGGGACAGACGAAGAUCAAGUCGGUGCUUGUGGACUUCCUGGUUAGCGCCGGCAUCAAGCCCACCUGUAUCGUCAGUUACAAUCACCUUGGCAACAACGACGGCAUGAACCUGUCGGCGCCGCAGCAGUUCCGCUCCAAGGAGAUCUCCAAGAGCAACGUGGUGGACGACAUGGUCCAGUCCAACCCCAUCCUGUACGGGCCCGGGGAGAAGCCCGACCACUGUGUGGUGAUUAAGUACGUUCCCUACGUCGGAGACAGUAAACGGGCCAUGGAUGAAUACAGCUCAGAGAUCAUGAUGGGAGGCCACAACACCAUCGCACUCCACAACACCUGUGAGGACUCCCUGCUGGCCAGCCCCAUCAUCCUGGACCUGGUCAUGAUGACGGAGCUGUGCCAGAGGGUGCGGGUUCGAGCGCCGGGGGAUCAGGACUUCCAGUCCUUCCACAGCGUGCUGGCCCUGCUGUCCUUCUUCUGCAAGGCCCCCCUGAAGCCCCCAGGGGCCCCGCUGGUCAACGCCUUCUUCCGCCAGCGCGCCGCCAUCGAGAACAUCAUGAGAGCCUGUCUGGGCCUCCCCCCUCAGAGCAACAUGCAGCUGGAGUACAAGCUGCAGACAGGGUUCCUUCCUCAACUCACCAAAGGCUUGGCCAAUGGGACCAAAGCAGCCGCCUUCCAUAAGGGGAAGGCCCUGGAUGCCACCAAUGGAAACGGAGUUCAUGCCAACGUAGCUCACGCCAACGGGGAAGGCUGGGACAACGACGUAGAAAUAUAACAUGUAGAGCAGUGGUUCUCAAACCGGUAAAAAUAAAAAUGUGAAUGUUAUUUUUUUUUGGAGACCAUUGCGUCUCAAACGUCAUCUUAACACAGAAGACGCAGCCUUCUCCUUAGUCUUAUAAUUUUUUAAUAAUAAUUUGACCUUUUCUAAAAAGGUUGUUGGUAUACAAUUGUUACAUGUGCCUCCUGCGUGAGCAGUGCAUAGCUAAAUACGGCCACAGGCCUACAGUACUGUAUUUUGUUACAUUUUAUAACAUCUGUUAUAAUGAUUGUAUAAAUGGUUUUGAGGACCACUGAUGUAGAGAGAGGCGUACGUGUCGUGGUUACGACUUUUAGUCCUCAUAUUUUUGUUUCCGCUGCUGGCGAGGUCAAUUGUAUUUCAUUGUUAUGAAUUUUGUAUUCAGUUAUGAAAGUGGGUGAUUGAGAAAUGAGCCGGUCUAUGAGCUGAAACUAAACUUUCUCACUGUUUGUAUAAUAACACUGAAGCCGAUUCACGGGAGAAUAAAGAUGUCCACUAA